GUUAGUGUGGUGAAACACAUGCACAAACAAAACAGAAAACAGGAGUAACAAUACUAGAAAAGAAGAUCAUCAUCAAUUCAUCAUUCAUAUAUUUUUGAGAGAGCCAUAGUAGAAGGAAUCAAAAUAAACGCCCCCAUCUCUCUCAUCUCUCAUCUCCCCUCUCUCUUCAACAACAUUCUUGAUCUCAUCAUCAUCAUCAUCUUCAUCCAAUUAAAUGGACAAAAUCAGAGACAAGCCCCAUGAAGAUUUCUACAAAAACACAAACCUUCUUAAUCCACCACCAAAACUAUCACCCCCUUCUCCUCCCUCAAACAUCACUUCUCCCACACACGAAUUCUCCUUCACAAUCUCUCUCCAACCCACUUCCUCCUCCGCCGCCGCCACUCACAAAUCCAAAGCCGCCGUUGAUUUAUCCCCCGCCGACGAAAUCUUCUUCCACGGCCAUCUCCUUCCUCUCCAUCUCCUUUCUCAUAUCCCACCUAUCUCUCCACGCACCUCCACAAAUUCUCUCGACAGUUUAACCCUCCCCGUCAAAUCCAUCGCCGCCGCCGACAUUCAUGAAAAAACCAAGUCCAAAUCCUUCUCUUUCGGUCAUCCCCAUCGUAAUAAUGUCAUUGAUUCCAAAGAUAGACCGAUAAAGUCCAAAUCUUUCUCAUUUAUGAGUAUACCCAGAUGGCGCAGAGAUCAGAGAGAGCAGAUAAUAAUGAUCAGAGAUAAACAGAGCCAUAAUCGAAAUCAGAAUCAGAAUCAAAAUCAGAAUCAGAAAAAGAGGUUAAGGUUUGAUAUUGGGCACGUGGUAAAGAGAUACAUCAGAAUGGUGAGGCCUCUAAUUCUAUCAUUCCGAGGAAGAAGAGAGAAAACACAGCUCCGGCGACAGCCUUAUUCGUUUUCCGGCAACAUUGCCGGCGGGUCAAGGAGAAAUUCAGGAGGAGGGCCGGGAAGGAGGGAUUGCUCGUCGGCGCCGGCAUCAAUGAGAAACUCACCGGGAAAUAGCGGUCUUCUCGUGCAAACCCCAACUACUUCAACUAGUGAUCAUAGCACCAUGGAAGAAUUACAGGCCGCGAUUCAGGCCGCAAUUGCUCAUUGCAAGAAUUCAAUUUCAACAGAGGAUCAAAAGAUCAAAGCAGUUGAUGAUAAUUAACCCAUCAUCUUCAUGAAUGAAGUAGUAAGAGACAAAAAAGAUAAACAUCUACAGAUGCGCAUGUUUGUUUUUCUACUAUAUCCCAAAAAUGGCACCUGGCUAGCACCUCCCACCCACCACCUUAACUCACUUCUUUUGUGCAGCCUAAGGUAGAUUAAUGUUUCCUUUUACAUGAUGUAGUUAUAUUU